ACCAUAUUCUCCCCCUACAAACCUCCAAAUAAAACACACACUCACACACUCUUCAAAAUCUUCAUCAUAUCUUGUUGUGUAGUAAUAUUAAUUAAGAAUGUCUGGGGUUUGGGUUUUCAAGAACGGUGUGGUGAGGCUGGUGGAGAACCCUGGGGGUGAGGCAGUGGAGGGAAGCCGUGGAGGAAGAAGGAAGGUGCUUGUUCAUAGAGCAAGCAAUGAGGUUAUCACCUCUUAUGCGGUGUUAGAGCAAAAACUGUAUUCACUUGGGUGGGAGCGUUACUAUGACGACGCUGAUCUUCUUCAAUUCCACAAACGCUCCACCGUGCACCUUAUUUCCCUGCCGAGAGAUUUCAACAAGUUCAAGCCCAUGCACAUGUAUGACAUAGUGGUGAAGAACAAGAACGCUUUUGAAGUUAGGGACAUGUAGGGUAGGGUAGGGAAGAGACAAGACAACAAACAUAUAGGGACCAAACAAACAACCCCUUGCAAGGCCUUCGGCCAGGGCACCCUGCGUGCUACUACUGUCCAGUGUCAGUGUUUGUGACUUUGUGUACUACUACUCAUGAUUCCUUUAAUUGUCCCUUUUCAUUUUCAUUAGUUAGCUUCGUCCAUGUGUUGGUUUUUGAAUGUCUGAUUUUGGACUUGUGGCCAUGGAGAGGGUGGAAGUCUGUGUCCAUUUCAUUGUGACAUUGACUUGGGUAUUUAAUUGGACUGUCUAGGUGAGUGUGAGUUUAUGUUCUGAUUAUAAAUUAAUGUUUAUGUUUAGGUAUAUAUAGGUAGGGUCUGAUUCGUGAUUAAUUUGUGAGGACUGGGUGUCAUUUACGUGUGUUCUGUUGUAAAAUUUUAGUCAUUCUGCAAUAAUAUAAAUUUUUGAGUUUUUUCUCUA